AUGUUCCGAGCAUUGACCCAAAUUGGAUGUCUGUGUCGGCCUGUAGCUCCGCCAAUGGGAGGAGUGUACUCGUUGGAGACGCUCAAAAUGAUACCUCUUUCUACUGGACAGACGUCAUACCUUUCUAACGACAUGAUUCGUACAGUAUUUCUGUACAAAUUUGCACAGGAUACAAGGCAAGUAUGGGCUGUUAUUGACACCGAAUCCGCAACCGGUUCGUUCUUCAUAGUUCAAAGAGGAGAUCUUACCAUGCCAAACAUGGAUCGGAUUUAUGCGCAGACAUUUUCGGAAGAGAAGGAUCAAUUAGUAUCGAAUAGCAUCCAAUCGGCAAUUAAGUUCAACAUCAGACAUUUCCGCGUGGUUGCGGAAGCUGAGAAGGAGAUCAAUAAGGCUAUUCGUUUGAGUCGAGAAGCGACGGCUAAACCCACACUCUUAUGCUUGCUGGUCGACGAAGAGCCAAAACUCAUGAUGAAGAGACUUGUAAAUCUCAAUCUCUUCCCGCACGUGCGCAUUCACGUUCAAGAACCACAUGCUCUAUUGAAUGUUAUGGAAUGGCAGCGAGUGGUGGCCAAGCGAAUAUGCAAGCAUUAUUUUAACAGUUUUAUUUAUUUCAAAGACUACGCUGACUGGGCACGUUACCUACACGUCCCGAUAGGCAGUGUACCGAGUGAUGCUGGGCUAUUCGGGUUGGAUCUACUCUUCGCUCGACAUCUUCAAAGAACCGGCCAUGCGCUUUGGGCAUCGGCAGCAAGCAGACCUGAUUUGGGUGGCAAGGAAAUCGACGAUCUUCGUCUCACUUCAGAAUGGAAACCGUUGACCAAGGAUGAGACUGUGUUGCUAAAUAAUCCUGCUUUCUGUGGAAGCGUUUGUAUAGAAUUUGAAUUGGAAGCCGUAGCG